AUGGCGCCAGGCGCGAUACUAGACCCGUCUAUCGAUGCUGCAAGUUCCCUUUCAGCGGCUGACAACAAUAUUCUUCGAACCAUCAAUCCUCAUUUCUUGAUAGAAGAACAUCCCAUUGACGAACAUCAAACUGUCCGAGCGAUUGUUGUGGGUGCCGGCAUUUCUGGCAUCACCGCUGCCAUUCUACUUCCCGCGAAGGUUCCCAAUCUGGAUCUCGUCAUCUACGAGAGGAACAGCGAUCUUGGGGGCGUCUGGCAUACCAACAUCUACCCAGGUGUUCGGUGCGAUGUGCCAGCUCACGCCUACCAGGCUACAUUUGCUCCAUCGACAGAUUGGACAGAGGCGUAUGCCACCGGCUCUGAGAUUCAAUCUUACUGGCAAGCUAUAGCGGACAAGUACAACGUGCGCAAGUACAUUCGCUUCGGGCAUAGCGUCACGUCUGCGGAAUGGUCUGAGAAAAAGGCCAAAUGGAUCGUGAGGAUUCAAACAGACGACAGUGUAGUCACUGACGAGGCUAACUUCUUGAUAACUGCCACGGGUCACUUUAGCGACCCAAAGCUUCCUGAGUAUCAUGGAAUCGACAAAUUCGAGGGCCACUUGCGACAUACCUCGAAUUGGGACCCUGACUUCGACCCGAAAGGAAAGCGGAUCGCAGUCAUUGGCAAUGGCGCUUCCGGACUACAAGUUGCAGCGCCGAUCGGAGGAGAAGACCUGGCAGACUUUGUUGCAGAAAACAUUGAAGACGCGCGUGCAGACCCCGAGAGGUAUCUCAAAUUCCGGAAAGCUCUGGAGGCAAAGCUUUUCAGCCGCUUUGGCGGAAUCUUCAAAGACGGACCUCAGAAUGCAGCGGCUGAAGAUUACAUCAAAGAACUUAUGAGAGCACGACUGGGGGCUAGUUCCGAGCUUGCUGAUGAGAUCAUACCUGAGUUUCCAGUAGGCUGUCGUCGACUGACACCUGGGCCUGGAUAUCUCGAGGCGCUGACUUCGGAAAAUGUCAACUAUAUCACCAAUCGAAUCUCAGAGUUCACUCAAACCGGGAUUCGAACUGUAGACGGCACUCUUCGCGAAGUUGACGCUGUCAUCUGCAGUGCAGGCCACGAUAUCACAUUUAGCACUCAGUUCCCAGUCGUCUACAAGGGAAUCGACCUUCAAAAGGCUUGGAGGCCUGGCGGAAAGCCAGGAUUCCCAGACACGUACUUGGGAAUGCUUGCUCCAGAGGUUCCAAACUUCAUCACCGUACUCGGACCAAACGCCACAGGACCAGCUGGAACGCUGUGUCAUGCGGUAGAGAACCAGCUCACAUACGUCGCCAAGAUACUUCGAAAGUUUGCAACCCAAGGACUGCGGACCAUAGCUCCGACAACAGCUGCAACUCGUGAUUUCCGAGCCUACACUGAAGCCUUCUUUCCGCGCACUGUUAUGAGCGAGCACUGCAGCUCUUGGUACAAUGGGGGGAUCAAGGGCGGGAGAAUCCACGGCCUCUGGCCCGGUAGUGCCGCUCACGUUGACCUGGUUCGGAAAGACCCGAGGUGGGAGGACUUUGAGUACACCUAUCAGAACCCCCAGGGAAACAGGUUUGGGUGGCUGGGGAAUGGCUGGACCGAGAAGGAUGUUGCGGCUGCUCACGGUGACGCUGGGGUGGAGCUAGAUCUUACUCCUUGGUUGGAGAAAGGCGCUUUAAGUGGUGAUGUAGACCUCAGGAGCUAUCAUGAGAAAUGGUGGGUGAGCUAG